AUGGCACAUUAUAGGGCCAUCAACUCAUCGACGAGUUCCGCAAAUACAGAAUUGUCUUCUCAAAGCCUGCCAUCGACGAUUGCUGUCCACAUUUCCGACAGCGAGUCGCACACACGAGAGCCUUCGGCUCACUCGGAUUCGGAACCCGCCGGAUCAGAAAGCCCUCCCGGUGGCACUUACGACGACGACGACGACGACGACGACGAGUUGUACUCAUCCAGUGACGAGGAACACAGCGCAGACGACACUGAGACGGCCGAUGGAGGUCAGUACGUCGACGAAAACAUCCCUCCACCAGAUGCCAUGUCGGAAGAGGAAUUCCUGGCGGCAGGACUUCGUGAAUUCGGAUCGGAAACAUUGCCGCACUCAACCACCACGAAAGCCGAAGCGGUCGCGCUGAUGAUGUCCUUCCUAUCGGCAAAUGGGCUGAGCUGUAAGGGUUUGGACGACCUCGUGAAAAUGGGCAACAUUUUCUUCGCUCCGGCGGCAGACGUCUUCCCCCGGAGCAAAUACUUGUUUCGGAAGUUGUGGGGGUCGAAGACCGAAAAACUGGUAGAGUACCACUAUUACUGCAAUUCCUGCAGUGACCUGUUAUCGUCUCGUGACGGAAUGGAUUCCCUUUUCUGCCCAACGUGCGAGGAAGAAAACAAAGCCAAUGAGCUGAAGAGGAGUGGGGCUUUCUUCGUAACAUUGAAAAUGCACGAACAGCUGAAACAGGUCAUCAGUCAAACAAAGGCCAUGCUACAUGACAGUCUUACAAAUAUGCCAUCCAGUGAGCCUGUAGUGAUCGCAGACAUUACUUCAGCCACGACACACUGCCAGCUACGGGCAAGCGGGCGUCUGGGUGCCAGUGACCUCACCCUCACCGUGAACACCGAUGGCAGUCCAGUGUUUUCUUCAUCUGGGGCUUCCAUUUGGCCCAUCCAGUUCACGGUGAACGAACUGCCGGUCCCCCAGCGUUUUGAGCAUUGCACCCUCGCAGGACUGUGGUUUGGCAAGGGACACCCAAACAUGGCUCUAUUCCUCAAUAAGUUUGUUGAGGACAUCAACAGCAUGGAGCCAGUUGUCUGGGAGCACCAAGGGACCCGCCAUUCUUCGAGAGCCUUUGUCAUCUGCUUCUCCCUUGAUGCACCAGCACGAUCUGCGGUCCAGAACUGUGUGCUGUUCAACGGUUACUUUGGCUGCCCGUGGUGCUUAAUCAAAGGAGACUACAUUGAGGGAUGUGUGCGCUACAUCAAUUCAUCUGAUUCACCAGACAGGACAACGGAAGGCGUUCUGAGGGACAUGGCCCUCGGUCUAGAGUGCUCUGUGCCCAUCAAUGGGUACAAGGGCCCAUCUCCUACCGUGAAGCUUCCCCACUUUGACCUAGUGUGGGGCUUCACGGUGGACUACAUGCACGGCGUGCUUCUGGGCGUUACCCGCCAGAUCACCGAGGAACUGCUUACUUCAUCAAACUCCCAAAAGAGAUACUACAUUGACACACUGCUGAAGCUCUUCGUUGUUGACACGCAGCGGUUGUAUGAAUCGACAGCGAUGACAUUCAAUGUCCAUCAGAUGCUGCACCUGGCAGAGGUGGCUCGCCGGUUCGGACCUCUCUGGGCUCACUCAGCGUUUGUUUUCGAGAGCGGAAAUGGACGGCUCGUCAAGCUGGUGACUGGGGCCAGUGGUGCACCGCUCCAAAUUGUUGAGAGAGUUGUGAUGUCUCAACAACUGGAGACAGCCAUGUCCUGGGACCUGUGUGGAAUACUCACGGCUGGUUUACUGACGGCAGAUUUUUCACAGCACAGCAUACAAGCGUGCCACAAAGUCUGA